AUGUAUAAUUAUACCAUAUAUCUCAUUUUAAAGGAACGAUGGAACUGUUCGGCAAGUUUUGGAGUUGUUGGUCCUGUGAAGGGGGCAGCAACCGCAGAAACCGCCUAUAUUUAUGCAAUAUCAUCAGCUGGCGCUUCCCAUUCUUUGGCACGUGCGUGUGCUAGAGGAUUAAUACCUGAAUGCGGUUGUGGGGGAGGAGAACAGACUUAUGUAACAAGUGCAGCACCUGAAGGGUUUAGUGGGAGGCCUGAACAAUUUACAAGAAAAUUUAUUGAUUCAACAGAAAAACAAAUUAUGGAUGCUAGGCAUUUAACUAACUUCAAAUUAUUAAAAAAUUAUUUUUAGGGCUUUAAUGAAUUUACAUAAUAAUCGAGUAGGUAGACGAUUAUUAGCGGCUAAUGUACGAGAACAGUGUAAAUGCCAUGGGGUUAGCGGGUAAUUUUAAUUAUUUUAAUUGAGUAUGAGAAUAAGGAUUAAAUGUUGUUUCAGAUAGGAAUGAGAGUUACACUGGGAUGGGUAGGGUUUCCCGAACUUAUUCGAAGGUUGAAAGACGAUCCGAAAAAAAUUCAAAACAA